GCAAGUAACUGGCGAUCACAAUGAAAAUGGCAGCCGCGACUUCACCACGGCAACGAUGACGCCAAUCGUCGACAGGUUCACCAAUAUAAUUUAGUUCCGGCCUGCCAGUUUAACGUCACUUCCGUUCCCGGCGCAGCGCACGGCAUCUCUCUUUUCCUGCAGCAGCCGUGAAUGGAUCCCGGGAAGUGAGUGGACUCUGAGCAGAGGGAAAGUCUCGCAGAGGGAAUCCGAAAUAAUGAGAGGCCAGGAAUAUGGAAAGGGGAGGCGGGAAACCCGCGGCUAUUGUCGCAGUUUUGACUGAGCCUCGGUUUACGCAGCGAUACAGGGAAUAUCUCCAGAAAGAAAAACUCUUGGAUAGACAGCACCGCGUGGAAAAGAUGCCGGAUGGCUCUGUGGCGCUACCCGUGCUGGGAAAGACGCUCCCUGAACAGCACCUGCAGGAGCUGAGGAAUCGUGUGGCUCCAGGUAGCACCUGUACGGUAACACAGCUCCUGGAUCCGGUUCCUUCAAAGAAGGCCCAAAGUUGUUCACCUGCCCGAAGGCUGGGUCUUGAGGUGAGACGCUGGGUAGAGGCCCGGGGAGUGACAUGGUCAGCUGAAUUGGAGGCUGAUUUGCCCCGGUCUUGGCAACGGCACGGUAACCUCUUGCUGCUGAGUGAAGACAGUUUCCAAGCCAAGCAGUGGGAAAAUCUGGAACCAGAACUCUGGGAGAUUGUUGCCUCGGCACUUGGUGUCCAGCGUUUGGCCAAACAAGGACGGAUAUCACCGGAUGGCGCUCGAACUCCAGCAGUGACGCUGUUGCUGGGCGACGAUGGCUGGGUUGAGCAUGUGGAUAAUGGGAUCCGAUAUAAGUUUGACAUAACCCAGUGCAUGUUCUCCUUCGGAAAUAUCACUGAGAAGCUUCGAGUGGCGUCACUGCCCUGUGCUGGACAAGUGCUGGUGGAUCUCUUUGCAGGGAUUGGUUAUUUUACUUUGCCCUUCCUAGUUCAUGCUGGUGCUGCCUUCGUCCACGCCUGUGAGUGGAACCCCCAUGCUGUAGUUGCUCUGAGAAAUAACCUUGAGAUUAAUGGAGUAGCAGAUCGGUGCCAAAUACACUUUGGGGAUAAUAGAAAAUUGAAGCUCUCAAACAUUGCAGAUCGGGUGAACCUGGGGCUCAUUCCCAGCUCUGAAGAAGGCUGGCCCAUUGCCUGCCAAGUGCUACGAAAGGAUGCUGGGGGCAUUUUGCAUAUCCACCAAAAUGUGGAAUCUUUUCCAGGGAGGAAGCUCCAGCCUUCUGGAAGCAGUGAAAUUAAGGAGGAGCAUUGGCCUUGUCCUCAGCACAUUAUCACCAACCAUUUGGAAAAUGAAGCUACCAGGGAUUCUAGGAGAAAAGUGCUGUCAGCAGCCAUCAAGCCAGAAUGGCACAGGUGGGCAGAAUCUGCAGAAUCUCGUAUUGUCACUCUUCUUCAGCAGGUGCACGGGAAACCGUGGAAGACAAAAAUCUUGCACAUCCAACAAGUGAAAUCCUAUGCUCCCCAUGUAGAUCACAUAGUCUUGGACCUGGAAUGCCGCCCAUGUCCUCUGGUUGGCUAGAAAAGGUGGAUCCAGAGACAUGAGGAUCUAUGUGUGAGUGACCCUUAAUGCAUCAGCUCAGGCCGGGUUCUCACCCCUCUUGUCUCUGGGUGAUCUCAUUUAAUAUUUUGUGGCCCUGAAAGUAGCCUCUAGACCAACCCAGAUCACUUCAUUUGUGUUCCAUUGAUCACACUGAGAAUGAGCUACGUAUCUGGGAGAAGUAGUACGGCUCACUGAAAUGAGGCCUAUCUAUGCAAUCAGUGAAUUCCAAAUUUUCACCUCAGUUCUGUCUGACCGUGGGUACAGGGUUUCAAUAUUCUUUUGGCCUUGGAUUUUCUUAUUCGCAUAUGAGGGUUGCUUUGAACUGCUUCACGUGACUUUUAUUUAAUAAGUAGUUGUACACAGUGCAUUGGUUAUUUCAGAGUGAAAUGCAUUGCUCUUUUCAAAUCACUCUUGUUACAAUAUGGGAAAUCAACUGUUGGGUGGCCAGGAUGGAAGACCAGUGAGGAGGUUUCUCUGGUGGUCCAGGUGAUGGUGGCUUGGGCUAGGGUGGUGGCAGUGAUGAUAGAAAAUCGAUGGAACUAAGCAAUGGAGCCCAUAUCAAGGCAUUAAAAUGGUGCUGCUUUAUUAUCGCUGACAAAAUAUGGAGGGAAGGGGACAAAAAUUACUUUAGUGUAUUAACUCUAUACCCCUACUUUGGCAUUCAUAAAUGAGAGUGGAGGGGGGCAUGUCUUAAAUAUUGGGUUUAUUGUGGUAAAAAAAAAAAAGGGGGUAAAAUGAUUGCUUUAUGUCAUAGGAAAACUAGCUUUUCAGUAUUAAGCUUGUGCAGUAGCUGCCAAUUGCUAGUUAUUUUAAAAGUUCAAAUUAAAACCUCAGAUUUUUAGCCAUGGCUGGUGUGGCUCAGUGGGUUGGGUGCUGGCCUGCAAACCAAAGUUUCACUGGUUCGAUUCCCAGUCAGGGCACAUGUCUGGGUUGCAGGCCAGGUCCCCAGU